CAGAUUUGUAGACCUACUACGGUGUAAUCGUUACAGCUAGGUUUCUAAAGAUGUACGUCGCGUGUAGAGGGUUACUUAUUAAAAUGGUUAUAACAGUCUACUUGUACCGACCUACGGAACCAUCAGGUCCAUUGGAUAUAACAUUCUUCUCUAAAUCACCACACAGUUCAGAUGUCCGUGGAUACGCACUUAAUAAUGACAAAACAGCAGAUUUAUCUUUAGGGAUACUGUACAAGAAUGGGAAGGAUAAUGUAACCUGGGCUGAUACUGGAUGGGAUAGAAACCAAAUGACUGAAGGCAUAGUAACAUUUGACAUGCCAGAUAAUAAAACUUUUGACACAAGAAGCCUCAUAGCAUAUAGGGUAUAUAGACCUUUUGUGUUUCUCGCUGUUACCGAUUUACCAAGCUCUGAGAGAGUAGGUGUGUUUUCAUUUGAAGCUACUACAUCUAUCGUAGUAACUAAGUCAGCAAUCGUUGUGACGUCAUCAACCUCCAGAAUUAGAAUGCAGUUUCGAACGUUGACUGUCGGCAUUGGAGAAUCCGUCACAAUCAGUCUCAGUGAAGACAGCGGUUAUAACAAUUUCCGCUGGAGACAUAAUUAUGGUGAUGCAAUUCAAAUGUGGAACGAUAACUCGUCCGUUACGAUAGAAAAUAUACGCGCUAAAGAUGACGGGGUAUAUGAAUCUUAUAGAGCUGACAGUCCAGAAAACAACCGCGGAGUAAUGAGACUCAUUGUUAGAGAUUGUCCACUGCCAAAAUGGAAUCCCCCUGAAUGUGAGAUGGAUUGUCCAGUGUGUUAUAAUGGUGGAGUUUGUGACGACAAGAUCGGUUUUUGUAUUUGCCCCGCAGGUUUCACAGGGGAUAACUGUCAAACACCUUGUGGGUCAAACAACUGGGGUCGUAAUUGUGAUGUUGUUUGUGCGUCGUCUGAUGCUGAAGCUUGUAAAGGAAAACUUUUAUGUCCGCCUGACCCAUUCGGAUGCACAUGCAUCAACGGAUACGGAGGGGACGAUUGCAAUACAGAAUGUGAUGCUGGGUACUAUGGAGCAGAUUGUCGUCAAGUAUGCCACUGCAAUUCAAGCAACUGUGACAGAAAAGCAGGAUGUACAUCCGGGUCAACGUGCUCGGAUGGGUACACGGGAACAGGGUGCCAAGAAUUACUGUCGGAUCUGUCUUGUCCGUCUGGUUUCUUUGGUGUGUUGUGUAACUAUCCAUGCCAUUGUAAAGACUCGACUGAUUGUAAUCGUGAUGGAAGCUGUGGAAAUGGAUGCCAUGAAGCAUGGGCUGGAGCCGACUGCAGCAUAGCACUACCUUACAGUUCCAAACCGCCAACAGUUUUGAAUCGAACAGCAACCACCCUCAAGAUUUACGCCUGCAGCUGGGAUCCAUUUCAAGACUUCGGAACAGGAAAUAUUACUGGAUGUAAGUUAUGGUACAGAACAUCACCCACAAGUACAUUCACUACAGUUGAUAACAUUGAAAACGGUGUAUGUACCAUAGAAAAUCUCUUACCACACACGACUGUUGAAUUCUACACACAGCACUCGAGAUUAGUUGGCGGCGAAGAUACUUAUGGACCACCUAGUGGUCGUGGAUCAACAGAGACUAUAUGCACAAAGCCUUUAGAAGAGCCAGAAAUAGAAUUGGAAACAGUGAAUGGUAAUGAGAUUAUCCUAACAUUGAAGCCUGUCUCUAAUACUCAUGAACAAAUCCAAUGUGAUGAUAUACUUCGAUAUCAAGUACGAUAUCGAAGCAAAGAUGGAAAUGAACAUGGCAUUGUCAACACAACAGGCGGUUCUCAAACAAAAGUCAAGAUAUCGGGAUUAUCAGAAUGUGUUGCUUAUGACGUGGACUCUAGAGCUGUUAAUAACGAAGAGAUUGUUGGGGAUUGGGGAACGCUUGUAGUGGUACAAACAGCACCAUCAGUGCCAUUUAUUACCGAAGAUUCAGUACUUAGGGAAAUGUCUUUAUCGAUGAAAUGGAAUGCUGCUAUCUGUAACACCCAAGAGCAGGUGAUAUACCAUUAUGAGCUAUCAGGUGGAAUAGAUCUCCAAGGAAGUACAGCAGACACUGAAAUUCUUAUCAAUGAAGGAAUUGUACCAUGUACACAGUAUACGUUUAGAGUGUUAGCUUCGCACUUGAACGUCUACGGAACACCAGAUAUUGAGGAGGUUACGUCUGCUGCAGAAUGUAGCAACAGCAAAUAUCAAAGGAUAUGGAAAUUAUUCAUCUAGUUUACUUGUCGAAACAGAAGAAAAAAGAUGUAAAUGUAGCGUGUACAUAGUUGUUUUGAUUUUAUCGUUUGUUCUAUCAACGUUUCUACUCAUUUGCACAGCUUAUUUGAUAAUUCUCAACAGAAAACUUAAGAAGACAAAUCCUCCGAUAACAAAAGAGAGCAACGUAAAUAAUACACCUAAUUACUACGUCAAUGAGGACUUUGUAAGGAGUCAGGCAGAAGAAGCGACUUACGAGACACCACAACAAACUGAACAAGACUCAUACGAAGAACUAACUUACAGACAAGCUGCUUGUGAUUCCUCUACUGAAAAGGCAUUGGACGGCACGUAUGAGAAUUUACCGCCACCAUGAGGGUCACUUUACAAAUUACACUGAUGUGUAAUGAUGUGUGAUAUGUAUUUUUAUAAAGAAAUUCUUGCGUGUAUUUUGUAUAUCCCGUAAUUACUAUAAAAUUAUUUGAAUUUUAUUUUAACAUUAGUUAUACCAAAUUGUAGUAAAGUUAUUCUAAAUGUUUAAGAAGACGCUUAGAUUAUUAUGCCUAAUGUAAUUGACGUUAAUCGUGUUUCAAAUUCAAAUGACAUUUAUUCAAUAAUAGUGUAAAAUACAAAAAAAAAUGUUUAAAAAGAGUGUAAAAGGUCCGGUAUAUAAAAUAAAAAUUAAAAAAAAUAUACCAUCAUUGGAAUCAUGCUUAGAAGUGAAAAUUGUCUCAUCAUGACCCCAUAAAAAAAAAAAAAAAACCAAACAAACAAAUAGGUUUUAAAGAAGAUUGCCCACUCUCGGGAAACUGCCUCACCUCCACAAUUAUUUAUAAAGCUACAAUCACAACAAACGAAGAAUCGAAGCAUUACAUCGGGCUCACAGAUACCGCAUUUAAAACCCGAUAUACAAAUCAUAAGCACACAUUCAAUGCACCAAAACACAGAAAUAGCACAGAACUUUCAAAGUUCAUAAUGGAAACUAAAAGACAGCAAAACACAAUACAACAUCAAAUGGUCCACUAUUGAUAGAGCCUCAUCCUACUCACCCAAAACAAAGCGAUGCAAUCUAUGCAACGCAGAAAAAUUUCAUAUAAUUUAUGCAGACAAACAAUCUACUUUGAACAAAAGGCACGAACUCCUUUCAAAAUGCAGACACCGUGCCAAAUCCCUACUCAAAAACACAUAA